AUGCGCGACCGCCAAGCCCGCGGCAAGAAUCCCUACAAGGAGCUUGAAACCGACGACAUCCGCCUUGGAAGAGGUGUCAAGACUGAGCCGUUUGAGGAUCGGGAAAGACGGGGGUUUGCGUUGUCGGUGCUGGAUAAUCCUGAGCAGUUGAUGAUGUAUGCGCAGAGCAUGGGUGAUAGUGUGCCGGGUCAGAGGUUACGAUUCAUGGCUAUGUUGUGCGGGUUUGAGGAGAAGAAGCACGGUCAUGGGCAUGGACAUGGACAUGCGGGCAAGGAGCGAGAUAAGGGGAGGAGAUGA